GUUCAGACAUGGAGGAUGACGGCGAUAUGGACUCAGGAAUCGACACCCAGGGCAACAUUUCAGAGAAGGAUUUUCCCUUAGACGGCGACUGCAGUCCUAACGACACGAAAGAUUCGGUUCUCGGCAGCCUUGCUCAUUCUCUCGGUUGUAAGAGCAACAACUUUCUCCACAUAAAUAGUUCGGAAGGACAUUCCCUCGGGGGUUUAAACCAUCACGGCGUCACUUCAUCCUUAGAAGGGAAUCUGGAACAGCCAUUAAACUGUAGCACGGGCAACCAUCACGGCUGCUCUAGCGGAUUGACCAACUUAACCAACAGCUGUAACUCCACCAUGAGUAACAGCAGCAGAACCUUCAGCUCCUUGCUGUCUCCACGCUUGUGUAGCCCGUUACCCCUCCCGCCCAUCAAACAGGAAGGUGACUGCUCUCAUCUGGACGUCAGCCCCGGCUCUGUGGACUCGGACUGCUCCAAUGUAGUCUCAGAGAUCCACCUGGAUCGUUCCGGGGGUCCCGAUGGCAACAGUAACGAUAGCUGUCCCAGUCCCGGUCUGGGAAUGGAUGGUCCGGGCAGCGGGACGGGAACGAACCCCAACUCUACCAACACCGUAGGCGCCAAGAGACGAGGCCCCAGGACAACGAUCAAAGCCAAGCAGCUGGAGACGCUGAAGGCCGCCUUUGCUACCACGCCCAAACCCACCAGACAUAUCCGGGAACAGCUGGCUCAAGAGACGGGUUUGAACAUGCGGGUCAUUCAAGUGUGGUUUCAGAACCGGCGAUCCAAGGAGCGACGAAUGAAGCAGCUCAGCGCUCUUGGAGCCAGACGCCAUUUUUUCAGGAACCCCCGCCGCAUGCGAAUCCUCAGACCAGGCGAAGAACUGGACAGCCCGGAUAUUAUAGGGCCGGGGUUCGGUUAUCUGGACACAGGUGGAGACUUUUACCCCAAUUACCAAGGUUACGGUGAUUUUUUCAUGGGGCAGCCCCAAGACGGGCCCCCGCCAGGCCUCACCUUCCUACAGACUUCACAAGGAACGCCGCCCCUGACAAUGGACGGUUCUAUACACCCGGCAGUGAUUAUCAGUUCUUGUAUAUUUCUAUAUCUAAUCGGAUCGCCUGAAAACAUUCGAGACAUGCCUCCCCCCCCCCCCCACCCCACCCCUUACUGUCAUCCCUUUUCCCAUAAAACAAUGUCUCCUUGCUUCUUCUUUGUGUUCUGUUGUCUCUGCUUCCAAUCUUCAGCGGGUAAUGAAACAAGGGAAAGUAACUCGGCGGAGAUGUCAAGAUAUUUGCAAAUUAUCUCCCUUGACCGAGCAUGA